UCCCUUUAUUUCUUUUAGCCUUUUUUCCUUUUUUUCUUUUCUUAUGCUUUUGCUUCUCCCUCCAUACAUCCAGCUGCCAUCACCACUUUUUAUUAUCAUUCUCCUCUCCACAGCUCCCACACUCCUCCCUCUUUCUCCCUUCCUCCUCCUCCUCCUCCUCCUCCCAACUUCUCCACAACUAUAUAACAAAAGAGAAGGAAAAGCUCCCCAAAAAAAAAAAAAAAAAGAUGAUGCAGCUGGGAAAGCGGCCACGGCCAGCCAUGGCGAUGAGGAGAACCACCAGCAUGACCGGCAUCACCGUCGACGUCCUCGACCCUCCGCCGCUGUCAGAUUCACUGACGAACGGGGGCUCUCAUGACAUCAAUAAUAAAACGGUUGACCAGACGGUGGACAACCAUUACUUGGCGAGCAUGGUGUCGCCAAGGAAUAGUUUGAUGAACCAUCAUAACAAUCCCCACCACCACUUGAGAAGCGUGUCGUUGGAGUCCACAGCUCAUUUCUUGAGGACAUGUGGUCUCUGCCAGCGCCGCCUCGCUCCCUCCAACGAUAUUUACAUGUACAGGGGGGAUACAGGAUUUUGUAGUCUAGAGUGUAGAGAGGAGCAGAUGAAGAAGGAUGCGAGGAAGGAGAAGUAUCAACAGCGGAGUAAACUAUCCGCGGUUACUAAUUCCUCCGGUAUGAUGAACAGAGACGAUAUUAUUACGAUUGGAGGCGGUCAUCAUCCCACUUCGUCGCCAGUUCCCACUUCUACAUCUUAGCUAGCAAGCUUUCAAUCUCAUCAUCUACCCCCCGAUCGGUCGAGUUUAUAACAUAAAAACCUUUACUUGAUCGAUCGUUCCUGUUUCGAGGACUGAAUCAAUCAAAUCGUUAGAGAGUGAGCGAGAACGAGAUUGCGAGCUCAAAGAACUGAAAAAAAGAAGAAGAAAAAAAAAGAGAAAGUUAUGCAUGGUGUGAAGGAAGAAAGCUAAACUCCUCAAUUCAAUGGUAAACCAAUCAUGUGAUGCCCUGUUCUGUAUUUUGCUUUUCUCUCGAAAUUUUUCUCAUAGGGUUUUGCGAUAAGGGGACGAAUUUAACCAUGUGAGAAGAUCAUAUGGUGGUGGUGUUUUGUGGUGGGAAAAAAAGGGGUAAGGAAGAGUUGAUUAAUGGUGUACUAAAUAUGUAUGGCAAGAGGGUUUGUGCAGAUCUUGUAACUUUGUAAGUUUAUGCAGCUAAGGGUGUGAUGGUUUCUCAGCCUUUGAGGCCAAGUUGUAAAUCAUCGUCAUGUAUUUUGUAAUGAAUGGAUGGAGAUUGGCAAAAAAGUGAUGAGAAAUUUGGAUAUCUUUCUGGAGUUCAUAAUACUAUAUGAUGAAUAUAUAUUUGCCU